GCUAUAUUCAAAGAAACGCAGCGUCCUUCGCGUGAAAUGCAACAAACCAUUGCUGAGCAUCUCCGUCUCGAUCUCUCUACUGUCGCAAACUUCUUUAUGAAUGCCAGGCGGCGGAGUAGAAUUGGUCCGAAUAGCGAUGAGCCUCAACCAUACCAGCAGGUCCGUCCAAUUUCUCCUCCCCCUGAUUCUCCUCCAAACACCAAUGCUUCUGGUUCAAUAGGAAACGGUCCGCCUGCAAUACAUUCACGUAAUCGACGCCAACCUGCCAGUAUGCAACACGUGGAAGCUACGGUGAGUAGCGUUGCUGAGUCCGCAAUUCAAUAUAGUCGUGAACAGGCUGCACAUGACGCUGCUGCCAUGCGAUCGAAUUCUAUUGAUGAUGAGGAUAGUUAUAAGAUGUAUAAAAUGAAUGAUCCUCUUGCUGACGAAACUGGUAUCUCCAUUGUACCCGGGAAUGUGCAUGAUGUUUAUAACAAUGGCGAUGCAGCUGUUGAGUCUUUGACUUCAAUUGCCACAUCCCCUAUGAAUUCCAUGGAGUGUGGUGUAGUGAAGAAAGAAAACGACGUAUUAUCUGAGGAGGCAGCAACACAAUGA